AUGGAAUAUCACGGUUUAUUGGCCUCUAAUGCUUUUGAUUACAAAGCUUCAUCUUAUAUUUGUGUUGACAGCGACCCAGAGUAUGUACAAGGCGGUGAGAUGGGUCAUGGAGUAAGAAUAAAUUUGACAUUGUUAUCACCAAAGGAUAAAAAGAUAUACGAAGAAGGUGUAAAGAAACAGCGCAUGAAUAUAUACGUAUCUGAUCUGGUCUCUGUGCACAGAACUUUAGACCCAAAUAUGGUUGAUCCCAGGUGUAAAAGUAUAAUGUAUAACGAGAACUUGGAUCCAUGUACAGUGAUAAUACCAUUCCGAGAUGAAGCUUGGAGUUUACUGAUUAGAACACUGCAUAGUGUUUUAGAUAGAACCCCUCAUUCAAUUUUGGAAGAGAUUGUGCUAGUGGAUGACGGAUCAACAGAAGAUGAUUUGAAAUACAAGCUUGAUUUAUAUGUGUCAUACCUUCCUAAAGUAAGAAUAAUGCGUUUGCAAAAAAGCCUAGGGAAAAUGGCUGCAUGCCAGAAAGCAGUUGACUUAGUCAAAACAACACAUUUUGCCCUUUUGGACUCUCAUUCUGAAGUAUACGACGGCUGGCUACAACCGUUACUCCAAAGAUUGACAGAAAAUCCAAAAUUAUUUGUCACACCCAUGGUUGGUAAUAUCUAUUCAAGCACGUUAAAGUACUUCUAUCAUUAUCCAAAGGACUUAUACGAGGACUUUAAGGGCAUGACGUUCGAUUUCUUUUUAUAUCAACAAUGGUCACCGUUUAAGAAAGAAUAUAUUAAAACAUUGAAACCAACAGAACCUAUAAGAAUUCCUGGACAUCAGGGAAACGCAUUUGCAGUAAACACAAAUUUCUUCAUGCAAUUAGGAGGGUUCGACCCAGGAAUGAAAGUUUGGGGAGCAAUACAGAUGGAACUCAUGUUUAAGUAUGUAAUGUGUGGUGGUGAUAUGGAAUCUCUUCCCUGUUCACAUGUUGGACAUGUCUACAGGAGUUCAAUGAAAUGGAACAAAGAGAUACAUGAAUUUAAGACUUCAAACCAGUACAGAGUAGCAGAAGUAUGGAUGGAUGAAUAUAAGCAUCUGUUAUUUGAAAGAGAUGGUAACUAUACUUUUCAAACUGGAGAUGUUUCCGAGAGGAAAAAGAUAAGAGAACGGAAUAAUUGCAAAUCGUUUAAAUAUUUUCUUGAUCAUAUACAAGAAAUAGUACAUCUUUACAUACCAGAUAAUCUUAAGGCAUCUGGUGCAAUUAUAAGACCUGGACAGAAAACCUGCUUGAGUAUUUAUAGAAAAAUUGUCCUCGAUAAAUGUUACUGGAGAGGAAAAGAUCAGUUCUGGGAAUGGUCAGCGGAUAAAGAAAUACGACAUGGAGUUGACUGUUUGGUACCAAAAGGAAAGGAUGGCGUUGGAAAGGAGAACUGUAAUUUCAAUACAGUUGUGCAAUGGGAAUAUCGACAGGACAAUCAGAUACAGCAUAAAGAUUCUGGGUUGUGUUUGACAGUUUAUAACAACAAAAAGUUAAAACUUGCUCAAUGUACCGGAAGUGGAGAACAGAUUUGGAUAUGGAAUAGAAAGAAAUAA